AUGGUACAGUAUCAUUAUUGGGCAUACGUGCUGAAGUCCUCCAAGCGUGAGUCCAUCUUGAGUGGGAUCGGGUGGGUCAACGAAGUUCUUCGCGGAAGCGAAGCAGUUGUGAUCGACAACUUUCGCAUGUCCAGCCGAACGUUCCACUCGCUAGUGGAUGCCGUUGUCAAAACUGGGACACUCGUUGGCGGAAGAGAAGUCUGCAUAGAAGAGCAAGUUGCCAUGUUCCUCUACUUUAUUGGACACCGCGCAUCGAGCCGCGCGAUAAAAUGCCGCUUUCAACGAUCUGGUGAGACCGUCACUCGGCACCUUCAUGCUGUGAUGGCGUCCUUGGUCAAUCUGUGUCCAACAAACAUCCGCAUCCCACAUCCUGGCGGAGCUGUUCAUCCCAUCCGCGUGUCGGCGUGCGAUGUCUCCCGGUUCCAAAGUCGAAAAGGCGUGAUAAUGAACGUCCUUACGGCAUGCGAUUUUGAUUUCACGUUCGUCAUGGCUGGAUGGGAAGGAACAGCCGGUGACGGAAAGUUGUAUGAUGCGGCUUUGCGUAUGGGGCUGCACAUCGACGAUGCAAAGUUCGACAUAUUGGAUGCUGGAUUUGCUCUCACAACGAAGGCUCGUACAUCGUAUCGUGGAAAGCGCUAUCAUUUGAAGGAGUUUGCUCGUGGUCGCCAGCGUCCUCAAUCCAAGGAAGAGUUCUUCAACUUGCGGCACGCUCAGUUGAGGAACGUCGUGGAGAGGAUCUUCGGCAUCUUGAAGAAGCGAUUUCUGGUCCUUGUAUGCCCUGUGGAAUACAACUACAAAUUCCAAGUCGACUUGGUCCUUGCGCUUUGCCUGCUUCACAAUUUUAUUCGACAACACGGCAACGACAGUUUUGAGGAAGAGGUCGUUGACGAAAUCUGA